GGCAAAGAUCUUUGUGGGAGAUUUUGGAACUAUCUUAUAAUAGGGUUGGAUGCUCAAGAAUGUUUUGGUGAUUCUCACUUUAAAUCAUGGCCAAGGAACAUUACUUUGCCUAUAAUUGUUAAAAUCAAGGAUCAACAACAUCAAUGGAAGAAGUUAAAGUUACCUCGAAGCAUAAGAUCAAUUGUUUGUCUUAACAUGCCUAGUUUCCCUGGUGGACUAGACCCUUGGGGCAAACCAAAUUUUAGGAGAAAAAAAGAGAGAAACUUUACAUCAUCUUUUGUGGAUGAUGGACUUCUUGAGAUUAUAGGAUUUAGAGAUUCAUGGCGUGCGGAAAAGUUUCUUCCUUUGAAUUUCCAUGGGACUCGUCUUGCACAGGUGCACCAAAUUCGCUUUGAGCUUUGCAAAGGGAUAGCUAAGCAUAUAUACAUGAGUUUUGAUGGGACGAAAUGGAAACAACAUACCCCUAUUGAUGAUGACAACUACAUGAUCGAAAUCUCUUAUUCAUCUAAAACUAGAAUGCUUGCAACUUCAACUUCAAAAUGCAAACACAAAGCUAAAAGUCCUACAUCUAUUGAAUAUUCUCAAUAGGGUUGAAAUCUUCAUUGAGGAUUUCCUACUAAACCUUUAUACGUGGAUAACAUGAUAAAAUCUUUAUAUGUAUAUAUAUACAAGCAAAAAGAUUUGAUGGAGGAUAUUGAUGAAAUCAUAUUUCACAAAUUUAUAAACUAU